AUGUACGGCAAAGGCAAGAGUAACAGCAGCGCCGUCCCGUCCGACAGCCAGGCCCGGGAGAAGUUAGCACUCUACGUAUAUGAAUAUCUGCUCCAUGUAGGAGCUCAGAAAUCAGCCCAAACAUUUUUAUCAGAGAUAAGAUGGGAAAAAAACAUCACAUUGGGAGAGCCACCAGGAUUCUUACAUUCUUGGUGGUGCGUAUUUUGGGAUCUGUACUGUGCAGCUCCAGAAAGACGUGAAACAUGUGAACAUUCAAGUGAAGCAAAAGCCUUCCAUGAUUAUAGUGCUGCAGCAGCUCCCAGUCCAGUGCUAGGAAACAUUCCCCCAGGAGAUGGCAUGCCAGUAGGUCCUGUGCCACCAGGGUUCUUUCAGCCUUUUAUGUCUCCUCGGUACCCUGGAGGUCCAAGGCCCCCAUUGAGGAUACCUAACCAGGCACUUGGAGGUGUCCCAGGAAGUCAGCCAUUACUUCCCAGUGGAAUGGACCCAACUCGACAACAAGGACAUCCAAAUAUGGGUGGACCAAUGCAGAGAAUGACUCCUCCAAGAGGAAUGGUGCCCUUAGGACCACAGUCUGACCCUUGGUUAUCAUUACAGAACUAUGGAGGUGCAAUGAGACCCCCACUGAAUGCUUUAGGUGGCCCUGGAAUGCCUGGAAUGAACAUGGGUCCAGGUGGUGGAAGACCUUGGCCAAACCCAACAAAUGCCAAUUCAAUACCAUAUUCCUCAGCGUCUCCUGGGAAUUACGUAGGUCCUCCAGGAGGUGGAGGGCCACCAGGAACACCCAUCAUGCCUAGUCCAGCAGAUUCAACCAACUCUGGAGACAACAUGUAUACUUUAAUGAAUGCAGUACCUCCUGGACCUAACAGGCCUAAUUUUCCAAUGGGCCCAGGGUCAGAUGGACCCAUGGGUGGCUUGGGAGGAAUGGAGUCACAUCACAUGAAUGGCUCUUUAGGAUCAGGAGAUAUGGACAGUAUUUCCAAGAAUUCUCCCAAUAAUAUGAGCCUGAGUAAUCAACCGGGCACUCCAAGGGAUGAUGGCGAAAUGGGGGGAAAUUUCUUAAAUCCUUUUCAGAGUGAGAGUUACUCCCCUAGCAUGACAAUGAGUGUGUGAUCCACUACCAAGCCUCCUCAUGAGAACCACAGUGAGUCAGCCCUUCACAGAACUACUAUGGAAGAAAAUUACUCAUCACCAUGUACAGUUAAACAAAGGAAUCUCAGUCACACCAAACCAACCUUUUUAUUUCCUGCUCUCUCCCCUAUUUUGUGAAGAAAGCAGGCUCAAACGUGAUUCAAACAACUGUACGGAGCGGCAUAUUAGAAUUGCCCUAAAAUGAACUGCAAAUAAUUAUCUGUGUAUGUAUAUGUGUGGGGAAGAGAAUGUAUUGUAUAUGUGUAUGUUAUCUGGACAUAGACACAUACAUACAUUGACCCACAGGACAUUGUAAAAUAUUAUCACAUGACAUCUUAAGUAGAAAUAAGUAGGGACUUUUAUUCCAUCCUUUUUUUCACGUUUACAUUUUAAUUAUUAAAAGUUGCUCCUGCCCCUCCCUGAACUAUUUUGUGCUGUGUAUAUCACUGCUUUAUAUAAGUUAUUUUUUAAGGUGAACUCAGAUGUUAUGGUUUUGUAAAUGUCUGCAAUCAUGGAUAGGAAUAAAAUCGCUUAUUUGAGAGCUUUCAUUAAAUUGCGUCCGAUGCAAGUUAUCCUGUGAAUCACGAAGUGUACUGUCUCAAAAAAAGUGUGUCUUCAUCUUUAUGUCAAAUCAAACAAUUUCUCAGCUACUUUCAGUGAAAAGUAUUUUUGUACCUUUUGUUGAGGAAAAAUACUUCAAAUCAACAAAAGCUUAACUGCGGCCUAACACUAUAUUUCUGCAAUAAUUACUUUAGAUGGAAUUCUUGAUUUGUUUGUCUUAGAUGAUACAGAGAAUCAGUAAUUAGCCCCAAUUGCUUAGACCAUAGCAAUAAAGUGACAGUUGUCAUAUUUUUAGCAACAUAUUUUCUCUUCAACACGAUAAAGCCCAGAAGUGGUAACAAAAGCAUUUGCUUCAAUUUGUCACUUCUCACCAUGAAUACUAGAGCUACAUUUUAAAUAACAUACUAAUGUGAAAUGGUAUUUGAUUUUUAUUCUGACUUCUUGUGAACAUUUCCACACAGACAUUGGAAAGAAAUUGCAUUCAAAUGAUUGAGACUCAGCACAAGGGGGAAAAGAGUUUUUCCUACACCCAGGGGGCCCUUGAGUGCUGUUUUUCUAUCCAGGUAUCUUGUUUACUAGCAGCAGAACUGACUAUAAUGGUCCCUUCUGUGCAUAUGUUUUCACUUCCCUGCUCUCUUUCCAGGAUAGAGGACUUUUAUUUAGAGGGAAAUAAUUUAUAGUAACUAUGUUUCAUCUGGCCAUUGACUUCAACAGGCUAAAUCUAACAUUAUGUAGCUAAUUGUUCGGAGAAGAAAUGAGUUAAUGUUAGAAAAUCUAAAAAGAAAACAUUUUUUCCUAUGAACACACCUUGCUCUGUGGCAUUUUCCAGAUCUUUUGGGGUUUCUGUGUUUAAUCAUGUACAAAUGCCAAAAUCAUAGUAGAAAAGUGUGAAAACUUUGAUUGUAGACUCUAAAUGAUAAGUUGGUGAUCGUUUCUGUUAAAAUUGUGAUACAAAUAACCCUUGAUAUAAACAUCAACUGUAUUUCCAAACUCCAGAGACUUUAAAAAGCAUUGUUUAAUUUCAGGUAAGAGGAAUCCGUCUUUCUUUAGGCGUACGGUCUCUAAAUGAAAAUUUGGCAGUUUAUUUGCUAGUUUCUAGUCCCAGAUGACUUAUUUCUCUCAAAUUCGUAAUGAUUUAUUCCUUCAGAAAAUAAAGCGUUUAUCUGUACAUGACAGGAAUGCUGGGCAGAACUGUUGAGGGGGAAAAAAGAAGCUGAAUUAAAUUUAUGUUGCAGAUUUAAACUCUAAUCAAAUGAGCCGCCAUUGAUCCCAGUGUGCAGGAACCUAGGACUGCACACUGGAGAACACCUACAAGCGUUCAAGCUGCAGAGAACUUUCAUGAAAAAUUCAAACUAAAAGGUCUUUCAUUAAAGCCAAGGUAACCUGAAGAUGACACUUUGUACAGACACAUAUAUUUACCAAAAGUAAUUUUAACGUUCAUUGCUUCUGAUAAUUAUGUGAACAUUAAGCUUCAUUGAGAAUUUUCAAAAUUUUGUUGACUCUUUUCUCCAUUGUUGCUGAUCUUUAAUUUCUUUUAUUUUCCUUCGAAGAAGGUAUUGUUUCUCACUAUCACAAAGAAUCAACCUGAUUUUAUUUGCCCUUAUUUUAUUUUAAGGGUAACAUUGGAAGCAGAAAGGCAGUAUAGACCCUAUUAGUUCUAGCCUAUAUAGUCAAAAAAAGUAAAAUUGGAUUUUUUUCUAGUAAUAGCAAUCAAUUCAUCGUAAGUAUUCAUUUCUUUUUGUCUUUUGGCACCCAGAUUAAAAAUAACUAUUUCAAAUUUUUUUAAUUCCUGAAAUAGUUGAAAAUUUAUUUUUGAGGAGAAAAUUGUAUUCAAGAAAACCAGAAAAUAAGGACACUUAAUUUUCUAUCAAAUAAUGUUUCAUGUACCAAAUGGAGGAUAGUAUAUCAAUGUAUUAAUUUUUAUUUAGGUUUUGAAUCAUUUUAAACCUUAUCCUUUUCUCUUGUAAUAAGAACAUUUAACCUUUUUCUCUUGUGUUUUCUAUUUCCAUUCAUGCAUUUGUGUUGCUCUAGAUAUAUACUACCUGUUCCUGAGUUGUUUUUACACAUUUCACCUGACAGUAAUAAUAUCAGCAAUUCUUCCCUUUAUCGAACAUAUAAAAUUUAUCGAACAUAUAAAAUACACAUAUAAAAUGUGAAAAUAAGUAAUAGAUGAAAGCACUAAUUCUCAUUACUCUGCUUUGCAUUUUUCCUAACUCACGACAGUUGCAAGUACAUGUUAAAUUCUUUCUAAGGUAUGUAUAUUCUUAACCAGCUGUUUCUCUUGUAGCAAAGUUACCCAUGGGAACAAAGGUUGUGGAGGGCCAUUGAUCUGGUAACACACCACACACUCAGUGGGUGAAUCUUGGUGCUGCUUUAAAGUUUCCAGUUUGGACUCAGUGACUGAGGAUUAGGAUUACACAGUUAGGAAUCUGAAUUUAAGAUUUUUCUCUUGCCAAAGAUGAACCAAUUAAUUCUGCUCCCUGAGCCAUGGAAAGUGCUCAAAACACCCCUUUCCUUUUAGAAAUACAAGAAAACUUCCAUUUCUAUUUUUACGAUUUUCUAAGAUAUGCCUGCACUCUGUUGUAUUUCAUAGGAUCAUUUAGUUACCACUCUUCCUGUAGGUGAAAAGACAGCCGAUAAAAUGAAUGAGUUCAGUUUGGGACACGAGGAAGAAAGCUCUACAUCUGCCCGCCCCACGCCGUUUCUUCACAUUAUCUUCUGGGAAUGGGUAACAAGGCAUCCAGAACCGCUCCCUGGGUAGAGAGCUUGCCCCACUCCUUAAUACUGUGACGCCUUUUUAUUGUUUUAAGUGAACACUUCAUUCCAUAUUCCCUUUGUGUGGCUAUGACGUCUUGAUUGGCUCCUUCCCUGGCUUUCUCCAGGCCUUCUGCCUAGUCCCUGCACAAGAUACAGACUGAACAUUUUUAUUCCUCAGUCCUUACAGUUUUCUUCUUCAUAUAGUACACAGUUUUCCCAGGGGAAAUCAUUGCAAUUCCAUUUCUUGAUUAUCACUGUUAAUUAAAAGCAGUACCACAUAUCAUAACUACUUGACUUUGGAAAUCACUAUAGUAUUUCGACACUGGUUUUCCCUUCAUUUUUAUGUGUUAGGUACUAUAAUUCUCUUUCCUUGAAAACAAGAGCUGGUACAAGUAAUGCAUGAGUAUAAUAGUGUGGGAGGGAGAAUUUCAAUAUGGAGGGGGAAGUUCAUAUAUGCCACAUAUUUUCCAAAAAGUAGAUUAGUCCUUUAUUUAUUUUUUGAUCCCCUCAGUGGAAUAAGUUUCUUGUUUGCUGUGAGGAGCAGGAGUCUGUGUUUGCUUAAAACAGUGGCACCCAAUCGUAAGUAUGUGUAAGGGGCUCCCUGAGUCUGUGAGCCAUACCUUGAGAAAUGCUGCAAAAGAAAAAGGAUGGUGAACGACUAUUAAUACAUUUUCAUUUUGCAUGCUAAACUUGUAUAUGUGCUUGCACAUUUCUGGUGGGGGUGGUACUAUAAAGUUUGCUCACAAAUCACUCCCACUGUGAUUUAUAUGACGUUAUAGCACAACUGGUAAUAUUAAACGUAAUUCUUUCCUUUGAUUGCUUUUUAUCUCAUUGGUAAAGUAGGUAAUGAAAGUGAUUUGGGAUGAAAAGAGAGUAGUACAAGACAUAAGCAGAUGGAUCUCCUAUGCCCAGCUUUAACAUACCCAUGUUAGGUCGUCCACAUUAGGCCUUCUUAUGAAGGCACUGCAUCUAAAGGUAAGACCAUCAGUGAUCAUUUUAUCACUGGCCACUUCACUACCAGGAAUCAUGCAAUAAGUACAUACUGUUUU